AUGGAGGAUGUUGAAGAUGAGAGAAAAAGCUUGUUGGAUAUUUGGAGGAUGAUAGAAAAAAUGAAUGAGUCAAUUAGCGACUUGGGCAAGAAUUUAAUCAGUAGGAUGANGCAGAUUAUGACACCAAGAUUGGACUGGCCUAGUUUUGAUUAUGGAUGGUUGAAAGACUUUGUAGAUUUGAAAGGAAUGAAAGAAACAAAACCCACUAAUGUCCCAGUUGAUUCAACUUCAAACAACAAUGAAGAGGAUGAGGCUCAUAGUCAUCAACCAUCUUGGAUGGUAGAGAUGAAAGAGACAUCGAAAGAUGAAUUUCCAGUCCCUCAAGUGGUGAAGAAGGUUUACAGUGUGAGUAAUAAAAAGAAGAAGUCAGAAACAGAAGUAUCUGCUGAUCUUCCUCUGUGUGAGCAGACUUAUGCCACUCAAGAUCUUCAGAAGAACUUAGUGGGUGAUGUUUUAAAGAAACUUGGUCGCAAGAAUGUUCGGCCAGCUGCUGUCAAAGUUGAAAAGGAGAAGGGAAAGAGGCCAGCUGCUGAUGGUAGUGAACUUGAAGAUAUUACUGACAAAGUUGUUGCUCUUGAUACAAAAAUGGCUUCUAGUUCAGAAGAUACAUGGGAUGACCCUCAACAACAGUUGGUUAGUAAAAGGCUUGAUGUAACAUUGACACGACUUGGAGAGCAUUUAAAAAAUUUGGAUGGAGAUACGUCACUAGCAAAACGAGUUCCGCAGUUGGCGAAAUCUCAAAAGUAUCUAUUUGUUGGUAACUCUACUGUGAAACGAAUAAUCUCUUCCAAUGUGUCUUAUGAUCAUCUAAAGCCAGCUGAAGAUGCUAAGUUACAGAAACUUAUGGAUUUCCUGAAGCUUGAUGAGGAGGCACCUUUGCAAACUGGGAAUGCAGAUGUUAGAUUUUAUUGGCAGAUUAUGACACCAAGAUUGGACUGGCCUAGUUUUGAUUAUGGAUGGUUGAAAGACUUUCACAUGGGCGCUGCCAUGAAGAUGUUCCGCAACAGAUUCAUCCGUGAGCCUUCUCAGUACCCUAACCAACGCAUAGCCUUUUUGGAUCAAGAUAUGCUCUCAUCACUAUUGAGAGAUUUUGACCAGUUUGCACUUUCACGAAGAAAUUUCUUGUUCAGAGACAUGUACUUGGAACACUACAAUGGUUUAGCUCCUGUUGACUCGCAGACAAAGAAGAAGUGGUACGUUGAUGUGGAUCAUUUAUAUGCUUGCCUUUUUGUCAACAAAAAUCAUUGGGUGGCUCUGGAUAUUAACUUGCCAGCUAGAACCAUAUACGUAUAUGAUAGCAUUCCAUCCUUGGUGAAAGAUUCUGAUUUGGUGAAAGAGNCCUGA